AAAAUGCUCGCCACGGUCCUCUUCGCAGUCGGCGUUGCCGCUAUGGCUCUGGAACCAGCUCACAUAGAUCCCGCUCCCAAACCAAUAAAGUCCAAGGACUGCGAGACCAUAUGCGCGGACUACAUCAAUGACUGUGGGCAGAUGUACGGCGGCUGCUUCGAAAACUGCCCAGGCGAGCCCUGGCCGACCUUCGACCCGCCACCCUGCCCCUCACCAACAACCACACCCGCCUGCAAUUUCAUCUGCGUCGACCUGAUCAACGAAUGCGGUCAAUGGUACGGCGGCUGCUACGACGACUGCAAGCCUCGGCCAACUUACACUCCGCCUCCAUGCUCCUACUCUACAAUUCCGCCUCCGGCUUCCACGUCGUCUGCGGCGUGUACGACUGUGUGUGCGGAUUAUGUGAACGAGUGUGGUAUCUGGUAUGGAGGUUGUUAUAAUCCUUGCGAGCCUAAGCCAGCAUUUACUCCGCCGCCUUGCCCGUCGAAGAAAGCUUAGGCGUUGGAGGAUGCGAUGGGUGGGACGUGUCAGGCUUUCGAAAGAUUGCGACAGUUGGGACGUUACGAGCAACGGCUACCCCCUUGGUCAUGAGUCGAGGCCGACGGGAACGAGCAAAGACAGCAAUUUACGAGGUACUGAAGCGGCGGAGUUGAGAGUAUUCAAGAGAGAAUUGUUUGUCAUUGCGUGUUUGUAUAUCUUCUCUAUUAUGCGAGCUCAUAGCACAGCCAGCACAGAACUUCCCCUG